AUGACCUGGACAAGAGAAGCAGUCGAAACUCUGCCUCCCCUCCCAACAGACCUCUCUUCUGUUGCACCUGGGAAAUAUGCUGUCAAAUGUGAAAUUUCUGACGACGUCUGGGCUAAUGAUGGAUAUAUAAAGGCUAAGGUCUGGUUCAAGCUACCGGUGCUGACGGACUCAUUCAUCGACCGUCUCAAAAACAUCCAACUUUUUGCCAAGUCUAAAGACCAGGGAUUUGUGAGCGACCGAGAGGCUGGUACUUGGACCUGGUUUGAGCUUGUUCUCCUGGGCGAUGGUCAUACCAAAAGCCCGCUUAUCAGAGAUAAUGUGGAGUAUAUUUGGAAGAGUCAUUUUAACCCAAUGGAAACAGAAAAAUACCAAUGGCCUGGGCAAUUCAUUGGUGUUCGUAUCUGUGCUCGUUUCCCUGGUUGGUGGAUAUUUGUGGAGAAGGGGUACCUGGCCGUUGAAAUCGGUGAUAAACCAGUCACGCGCUUGCCCCCUCAAUUCGGCGAGUUUAGCCUUUUGCAGGAUACACUACAAGAAGUGAAUGAGAAAUUGCCAACUGAGUACGAUCUGGCUGUUCCCCCCAUGCGUGCUGAUGGAUUCGAUGCGGGUACCGAGAGACCUUUGCGCGUUUUGUCUUUGGACGGCGGAGGUGUUCGGGGUCUCUCCUCCCUUUACAUCCUGCGUGAUGUGAUGCAGCGUCUCAAUCCAGGGGGCACACCCCCGAAGCCUUGUGAUGUGUUUGAUAUGAUUGCUGGUACCAGCACCGGAGGUCUGUGCGCCAUUAUGUUAGGCCGACUGGAGAUGUCCGUUGACGAGUGCAUCGAGGCAUACAAGAAAUUCAUGAAGAGAAUCUUCAAUGUUGCUGGAUGGAGGAAGAACUCGCGUCUCAUCUGGAAGGGCUCCAGGUUCGCUGCCGAGAAUAUUGAAGCCGUUAUCAAGGAGGUCAUGCAUGAGAAAUUGGGUGAUCCUGAAGCACCUCUCCUUAAUGAGCACGGCAAGUGCAAAGCUUUCGUCCUUGCCGUUCGUCAAGACGCCGCCAACAGCAAAGGGCCUGUCCACCUGCGUUCUUACGUCAACACACAGCAGAAGUCUCUUCUGCCCAACGUAAAAGCGUGGGAGGCUGCUCGUGCAACAUCUGCUGCUCCUACCUACUUCCCGCCCAUGGAGAUCGCCACCGAUAAUGGGGUAAAGCACAAGUUGAUCGAUGCUGCUCUGGGUGCUAACAACCCUGUUGGAUGGCUAUGGAAUGAAGUCCUGAGCGUCUUCGGUGCUGGCCGUCCCAUUGACUGCAUUCUAAGCAUUGGCACUGGUAUCCCUAAGAACCAAGUCUUUGGUGAAAGUGUCAAAGGUGCCAUCGCUGGCCUAGGCAGUGCAAUUACAAACUCCGAGCUGGCCAACAUUCUCUUCCGCACACUUAUCGAUGCAUACGCCCCAGAGUCUAGACGGAUGAAGUAUUUCCGACUGAAUGUUGGUCGCGAAAUUGAGGAUUGGCCAGAGGAUGCUAAGGAAGAGGAGAAUGAAGAGCUUGCUGAGAUGGAUAGUAUUGAGCAGAUCGAUGGGUUCAUUGAAAGAACAGAACAGUAUAUCAAGGAACAGGAGCCUCGGAUCCGUCGGUGCGCCGGCACCUUGAACAGGAAUUUGUUCUAUUACUAG